UCCCUCAAACUUAGGACUUCUAUUUUUUUUUUCUUUUUUCCUCCUUUUCUCCUCUUCUUUUUCUCAUCCCUUGGGAUUAGGGUUUCAAGAGGGGUGGUGGGGGGUAUGGGGAGAGCUCCGUGUUGCGAUAAGCAGGGGAUGAAGAAGGGGCCGUGGACUCCCGAAGAAGAUAAAAUCCUCGUCGAUUAUAUCCAAUCCAACGGCCACGGAAGCUGGCGCUCUCUCCCUAAGCUCGCAGGUUUGCUACGCUGCGGCAAGAGUUGUCGUCUCCGGUGGACCAACUACCUGAGACCCGACAUCAAGCGCGGCCCCUUCACCACCGAAGAGCAAAAAUCCAUCGUCCAACUCCACGGCAUCGUCGGUAACAAGUGGUCCACGAUCGCGGCCCAGUUGCCCGGUCGCACAGACAACGAGAUCAAGAACUACUGGAACACCCACCUCAAGAAGCGCCUCCUCCGCAUGGGCAUCGAUCCCGACACCUUCGCCCCUUCCUCCUCCCCCUCCUCCUCCUCCCCCUCCGCUGCCGCCGCCGCCGCGCCUGCCUCCUCUUUCCCGACUACCCGCCACAUGGCCCAGUGGGAGAGCGCCCGCCUCGAGGCCGAGGCCCGCCUCUCCCGCGAGUCGCUGCUCUUCUCCUCCUCCGCCGCCGCCGCCGCCGCAUCCGCCGCAUCCGUCGGCGCCCGCAACGAGUCCGAUUCUCCGCCGCAUUCUAAUGCCGAGCCCGAUUUCUUCCUCCGGAUGUGGAAUUCCGAAAUUGGCGACGCCUUCCGGAAGCCCGUCUCCGGAGACAGCAGCAUUGCAGAUGCUGCGGUGAAGGUGGAGACGCCAGCAAGGGAGGAGACGGAGAGCAAGAGCUGCGUGUCCGUAGCUGCUGCUGCGGCGGCGGCGGCGGUGGGGGGGCGGGGGGACGACUCGUCGGGGUCGAAUGAGGUGGAGGAGACGUCGGAGGAGGAGACGUACGACCUGUACCUGGACUUCGGCGGUGACGACCUGGGCGUGUUCAGUGGCCACCUCGGGAGCUUCUCGCUCUUCGGCAGCGACCUCGCGGAGGCGUCGCUGGACACGGCAUUCAAAUGACCGACUUACUCUAAUUACCUCUUUUCUGCUGUUUGCAUUGGCGCAUUCACGAAAGAAAAUUUGAAUUUGAAUUUGAAUUUCGAGGCGAGGGUAUGGAUGGUCAAAGGAGGUUCGAUGUCAUCACGUUUAAGCUGGGAUUUUUGGUUUUGGGCCAGCUACGAGAGUAGGUUUUGUUUAUUUUAUUUUAUCUUUUUUGGGGAGGUUUUAUUUUUGGAGAUGUGUAGUAUAUCAUCACAAUGUAUGGGGAUGCAGCUGCGAGGGAUUUUGUAGUGAAAUGAAUGGAUGAUCCUGUAGCAUCUUAUUAGAGCUGUUUGUACAAUGGAAAUGGACCACAAUAUUAUCUACUAAUUAAGCUGCUACUGAUGCCUCUGAAA